GGUUAGGAUGGUGGGGGUCAGGAGUUUGACCAGUAUACGAGGCCAAUGGCUGUUGUCCUCCCAUAGUUUGGUUCAUUUGGGUCAAUGGAUGUUUGUGUCUUAUCGGUAUUGUUGACGUGUCCUCUUUUCAUACUCAGUCCAAACUCUUGCCUGGGAGGACAAAUGGAGCUUCAUCCCAUUGAUUAUGCUCUUCUAAGAUAUUGUAUUCCAGGAAAACUGCAUGAGAACAACCAUCAUGCUCGCAGUCUAGGCGCAAUUGGUCGUAAAACACAUGCAGAUGUUGGAGGAUUUGCUGCUGCUGCGUCAGCAUAUGCUGUUGUUGCUGCUGAUGGUACUGUGCCAGCUGGGCUCGCAGCAGGCGGUGGAACUGCUCCAUGUACUGGCGUUGCUGUUCUGCUUGGGCUUGCAGCGCUUGCUGUUGAUGUUGCUGUUGCGGACAGAAGAGUGUCUGCUGUUGCACCUGCUCUUGUUGGCCAUACUGCAACUGUUGUUGUGUAUGUGGCUGCUGCCCUUGAUCCAUUAGCAUCUGCGUCUGCAGCUGGCAAUGCUGUUCGGCGUGAGCUUGCUGAUGGUGGAGCAGGGUUUGUUGCUGCUCGUGUUGGUGUUGUUGCUGUUGUUGCCUCUGCAGCUGUUGUUGGAAGAGCAAGGUUUGCUCUUGGUUGUUCUGCUGCUGUUGCUGCUGCCACAGCUGGUUGUGGGGCAGCCGUGGUUCUUGUCGCUGUGUUGACUGGUUCAGCUGCUCCCGAGCCUGCCAUUGUUGGUGCUGUCGUUCCAUCUGCAGCUGCAUUUGGCAUUGUUGUUGCUCCGCUUGGGUGUGUUUCAGUUCUUGGUCAUGGACUGUUGAUGUGCCUGCAUGUUUGGCUGUCUUUUGCUUCACUCCUCUUUUGCCUUGCCGCCUAUUGCCUCACUGACUUUUGAUCUGCUGUCUUUCUGCCUCGCUGCCUUGUCUUUCCAAGCUGCUUGUCUGGCCCUGUGGCUGUCUCUUGCCUCCCCGCUCU